AUGGACGGAUCGAUAUCAAUUUUUCUCCUCUUUUUUAUCGCUUUUUUCCAGCUCCAAAAAUCCGUUUUAACGGAAUUGGCGGAAAAUAAUUUUGAAGAAAUCGCAAAAAUCAAAGGGAACGAUGACAUCAAAGGAAAUCAAGGUACUUUUGAAAGCUUUAAAGAUUGGUUUAAUUUAAUUUAUGAAACCGCAAACAUUCAACGUGAAUUACCAGAAAAGGUAAACGAUCCAAGUUCGGUAUUAUUAAACCGUUUAAAAAGGAGUGUUAAAAAAAGAAGAAACAAAAAGAGAAAAAUUAUUGAUCAAGAAGAUUAUGUAGGUGGAGAUGGUGAAGAGGAUUAUGACGGUGGAGACGGAUUUGGUGGUGGGGGUGGAGGCGGAUUUGGUGGUGGAGGUGGAGGCGGACUUGGUGGUGGAGGAAGAGGCUGUGGUGGAUGUGACGGAGGUCGUGGUGGAGAUUAUGACUUGUACAAUCCCGACACUGAUAUGUAUGGUGGCGAUGAUGGCUAUGGAGAUGACGAUUUCGAUCCCUUAGGAGGUGGUAAGGGUGGUGGUAUUAUUCAAAUGAAAAAGAAGAAAAAGAAGAAGAGGACAAAUCGAAGGAGACAUUAA